CCACGUCGUCGUCCACGUGCUGGAACAAAGGCGUGCAGCUCUCUUCCUUGCCGACGACGUCUGCAAGCCCGACGAGCUCGCCGCGCGUCGCAAAAUGCAAGCUGCUACAUCUCCCAAUGAGGGGGCGGGGCCAAUGCGGGUGAGAAAGAAACGGCAGAGAGAUCACAAGACGAGACGUGAAGGGCAGGAGGAAGUAUGCGACUUGUCUGCGAAGGUUGGGAAACGGGAGGAGGAAGCCGGUGGCGAGAACGACGAGUCCGAUGGAAAUGUGGUCUCUGAGAGUGUUGAUAUCAAUGGUGGUGCUAGUGUUUUCCCUGAGCAGCUGACGGCAUCAGAAGCAGGAGGGGGUGUGGUUGAUGGUGAUCGUAGUGAUACACUUCAGUGUGCUGUUAGUGACCAGAAAGACGGAAAACGGAUCUCACUUGUUGCAUCGGACGGCUCCAACGACGUACAGAUGAAGGUUGAUGAUACGAAUGAACUGCACUCAAGUAAAUCCAGUAAGAAGACUAAACGUCUCUCGAAGACUUUGGCGAAUAGAACAGAGACGCAAGUUCUCGAUAGAAAUCUGACCGACACUCAGGAGAUGGUUGCCAUGGUUGCCAUAGCAAUAGGUGGAGAUAACUCCAACGGCUUGGCGGAAGACGACGUACACGGCAGUCUGGAAAUGCGGCGUCCCGGUCUGAGAGUAAAGAGAGCGAAAACGUAUGUGAAAGAGAAAGUUAUGUGCGAAGAACUGGAGGAGGAGAAGAGAGCGAGAGAAGACGAGGCGGCGGCGGUGGCGGCGUCACUUGAGGAGGAAAAAUCGAGAAUAAGAAAGCUGGCAAAGAAACGGCAGCGAAUCGUUCUCGAAGUCGGACUUGGUGAAAUCGUGUGGGGAAAGCUUCAGGGAUUUGACUGGUGGCCAGCGAAAGUUACGGGUUAUUGGGAGGCAUUUCAGGACCCUCCGGCUCACGGCAGUGUCUGGCUGAAAUGGUACGGGGACGAGACAUACUCACAACUUCCUGCUUUGGUUGAUCGCAUGGCUCCGUUUGGUCAUUUCAAGGAGAAGUUCAACUUUCUGAAAUUGAGGCAAAUGCAGUAUAGACGAUCGCUUCUGGCGGCCAUCGAGGAGGCUGCACGUCGAGCUCAAAAGGAUUUCAGUGAUGAACGUGAUCCCGACAGUGUUGUGCUCAUUGAUAUCAACACAAGCACAUCAUCAGUCGAGAAUGGAGACACAGACAAGUCGCCUCUGAAACAAACACCAAAAAAGAAGUAUGACUUUGCAAGGAUUCUGCCUGCUCUGAAGGACAUCGAGAAGUUGCUGUUUCAGUGGGCUCUCAAUGGUUUUCUACCAAGCGGUCCCAAUGGCUUUAAGCCAUCACCAGACGACAUCGCUGAGUCAGAUCGGAGUCUCCUACAACAUCAAAACGCCACAAAUUCUGCCACAGUUCCAUCCGGCAUCGUCUCUACUCCUUCUCGUUCAAAGAAACCAAUUCUUCCCACUGGUGUGAGAUCCGUUGAAUUUCAGAUGUCGAGGUCUAAUGGGACUUCAAGUAGUCCGAUGGCAGCGAGCAAAGCGGUUGACGUGAGGAAGAAAGCGAUCAGCAAGGAACAACAGGAUCGUUUGAUUCAAGUGAGGUCUGGAAAGAUUAAGGUUGAAGACUUGUGUCUCGGUUGCGGGUCAAUGCAGCUUGCUACGAAGCACCCACUGUUUAUUGGUGGACUCUGUGCUUUCUGUAAGGACAGUUUCUUGGAGAACUGCUACUUGUUUGACGAAGAUGGCACACAAAUGUAUUGCACUAUUUGCUCUGAUGGCAUGGAAGUGUAUUUGUGUGACUCGCAAGGAUGUGCAAGGGCGUAUUGUGGGCUGUGUAUCGAGAAAUUGUGUGGGAAAGAGGAACUAGACAAGGUAAAGGAUGUGGAUAGCUGGAUAUGCUACAUGUGUAAGCCGGAGACAUGCAGCGGAUUGCUGAAGAUUCAACCGGACUGGCAGCAUCAGUUGCAGGCGAUUUUCCAGUCUGGGACACAACUGGAAUUUGAGCCUUUCCCUCCUUGCAAACCCAUUCCACUCGUCGAACGUAAACCCAUCUCUGUAUUGGGACUGUUCGAUGGCAUCGCCACCGGUCUCAUGGUCUUGAAGGAUCUCGGUUUCGAAAUCGAUAAAUACGUCGCUUCGGAAGUCGAUCUCGAAGCAGUAAAGGUGACACGUGUCCAUCAUAGGGACAUUGUUCAUGUCGGAGACAUCAGGCAGAUAACAGAAGUGUGGAUCCAAGAACAUGGACCGUUCGAUCUCGUCAUGGGCGGAAGUCCAUGCAACGACUUGUCGGUUGCCAAUCCGUUCAGAAAAGGCGUUUACGAGGGCACCGGCCGUUUGUUCUUUGAGUUUUAUCGUUUGCUUUCGUAUGCAAGACCUUCUUCUCACGAUGAGCCACGUCCCUUUUUCUGGUUGUUUGAGAAUGUGGUUUCGAUGCGGGCGGAAGACCGAGACACGAUUUCGAGAUUUUUACAGUGUAAUCCAUUGGUGUUGGAUGCAAGGGACAUUUCACCGGCUAACAGGGCGAGAUACUUCUGGGGUAAUCUUCCAGGGAUGAACCGCCCGGCAGUGCCUCGUCCUACUGAUAAACUCACUCUACAAGAAUGUCUUGAACCGAAUUGCAACAGAGUCGCUCAAGUACACAAAAUCCGAACUGUGACAACAAAGGCUAACUCAAUCAAGCAGACGAGGAAGAUGCUCUUUCCAGUGCAAGACAUUGAUGAAGUGACACAUGAAGAGAAAGGCGACGUUCUGUGGUGUACAGAACUUGAGAGGGCGUUUGGAUUUCCCGAGCACUACACUGACGUGGCCAACAUGGGCAGAGUCCACAGACAGCGUCUACUCGGUAGAGCGUGGAGUGUCCCCGUCAUACGUCAUCUCUUCUCUCCACUCAGAGAUUACUUUAAAUGCAAAUUUGAAGGCACCGCACCAUAAAAGUGGCACCGGGUUGUGCGCAUGCGUGGUUGAUUUUAACGAACACGAAGCUCGGAGUGUCGUCAUGGUUACGUUACACUGUUUUUCUCUCUUUUGAACUGGCGAUGCGUCGGCGUCGUCUUUAUCGGUGGUUUUGAAGGCCGCAUUUGAUCUCUAUUUUACUUUUGUUUCAGAAAGUAAUGUAUUUUUGACAUUAGGAUUAGUUUUGGGUUCGUUUGGAUUGAGUCGGAGCAAACGGUCACGUGUUUCGAGUGUGUGUGUUUUGCUUCCGGCUCGCCAUAGAAAUAAAAAGUUUUGGUUUACUGUUGUAC